AUGGCCGAUCAGAUCAGACAGCUGCAGGAACACGUCGACACCCUCUUCAAUUCCAUGAACUCGCUGCGCCAGGAGACGGCGCGCCUCGCCCCUUUGCAGGAACGUAUGCUCCCACUUCCCUCGGCCGCUGCCACGCCCUCUCCCUCGGCCUCGUCCAGCACCUACCAGCGGCCCGCCCUCCCCUUCCGAGUUCCCUCUUACUUCAACGGGCCCACCAGCCUCGCUUUUACCGUCGGCGUCGCCAAGAAUACCCUGCAUAAGAUGGGCUAUUCUGGCGUGGCGGACGGCAACGGGGACAGUAACGAGGACAGCGGGACACAGCCGGAUUCGACGCCCCACGCGUCCCCUUCGCUGCCCCCCGUGUUCCCCGAUGUCCCCUCACAAGGCGCCGUUGACCCCAUUUGGGAGCUCGACGAGAACGAAAUGAUGCGCCUGCUGGAUGUCUACUGCGAGGAAAUCAACGUCAUGUACCCCGUGACAUCCAUCGGCUCCGUCAAAGAGCACAUCAAGCACCUCGCCGCCUGGGCCGACACGGCGAGACGGACUGGCGCGGCCCCCCCGCCCGGCCUGGAGCAGAUGGUCUUGGACCCCAAGACGCUGCUGCUCAAGAUCCUCCUGUGCUGCGCUCUGGUAGUGGCCGAGCAUGGCAACAGCGACCGGGCGGUGCGGCUCUACGACAGCGUCCAGCCGACCGUCGACAAAAUGCUCACCAGCGAGGCGGCCGACGUGAGCCGGCUGUCCUUCCUCGCCCUGUGCGCUGGCUACCGCUACCUCUCCAACGACGAGGUUCUCGCGUGGCGCCUGAUCGGCCAGGUCUCGCGGCUGUGUUUCGAGCUCGGCCUGCACCGCCGCGAGGGACUGCAGAAGAUUGCCGACCCGCAGCUUCGCCGGAACGCGCUGCAUACCUUUUGGUCGGCCUACGUGCUGGACCGCCGGUGGAGUUUUAGCACAGGCCUGCCAUUCGUGUGCCACGACGACAAGAUUGAUCCGAAUUUGCCGUACCCGGAGGGCCAUCCGUUUUUGAUAGCCAUGAUCGGAUACUCGAGGCUCGGUGCCAAGAUAUGGAGGCUGGUCGACUACUUUGAGCCCGCCGUCAUCCGGGAGCUGAAGCCCCACGACUUUGACGAGCUCGACCGCGAGAUCAUGGAGUGGUACCAGAGCGUGCCCGAGGAGAUGCAAACCCUCCCGUUGGAUAACGGCGAGCCGUCGGUUCCUUCGGGGCCGUUCGACCUCCAGCGGCUGCGUGUCUGGACCUGGCUGAGGCUGAACCAACUGCGAAUCUGGCUUUACACCCCCGUUCUACACAGCGCAACUAGUAUUUCCGAGAACGUGCCACUCGCCCGGAAGGCCGUCGACCUGGCCCAGCAGACCAUCCGCCUCCUCGCGCACCUCAACAGCGAAACCGACCUCUACCGCCGCAUCCAAGUCUUCUACCACCAGUUCCUCACCUCGGCCAUCGCGGUGCUGUUCCUCGCCUCCACGCACGCGCCCCUCCUGUUCAGCGCCAUGUGCCGCGACGAGUUUUACAUGGCGCUCGAUCUCGUCAAGGAGAUGUCGUCGCGGUCCUGGGUCUCGCACCGCUUGUGGCGCACCAUCCGGUCGCUGCGCGCGUACGCGCCCAAGCUGGGCCUCGGGGACAGCUCGGCCCGCCUCCCCACCGCGGCAUCUCCGUAUGCGCACAUCAGCGGCGCCGGCAGUAGCAGCGGCAGCUCCGGCUACAGCCCCAGCGUGCCGGGACUGUUCCACAGCGGCGAUCCCAGCCGGCCGGGCAGCCGGGGUCGCACUAGGAGCGUGGCCAGCCCGCCGGCGCCCACCCCGGGCACGUCCCAGCCGAUGCAGCUCGAUGACCCCCUCAGCAACGGGCAGCGGCUACAGAGUGAGAUGCUACGCAUCUAUGAGGGCUACACGGGCAGGACGGCUGUGGCUGCUGGUGGCAGCGUGCCGGGGCCUGGGACUGCGGAUAUGGGCUAUGGCAGCCCGGGGCUUGGCAUUACGGGGGGGUUUGGGGGGAGGGGACGGGUUAGCGGGACAGAAGGAUGCGAGUGUUUAUCAGCAUUUGAAGGACAUGUUUUGAGCGCGAUGGAUUGGAUGCCUCUCGCCUUUAAACGAUACCCAGAACUACACAACCUAAUUGAAGCGUUUCUCACCAUUUGCAUACUGGCGUUGUUGCCUGCAUCGAGAGGCUAA